GUCAAGGGUCUCAAAAGACUAAGCAAGAGUGCAGAUAAUUUAGUCUUCAAAAGUCAUUUUAGACGCAAAGCUGAACCACAGAACCCAGAAUGCCCCAGUACUAUAAUUUUUCAGAGGACCGACAGUUCUUCCUUGGCUGACUUGCAGGAAAAUGGUUCAGGUCAACGUCAAAGCCCCAUGAGGACGCGUGGACAUUUGCAAAAGCUUGUCGGUAGUUUAACCGACCUGUCGGUCAAGCGUAAAAACAUACCAGGCCCCAUCUCCAGAAAAACCCUGUCACCUCUCAGUCAGAUACAUGAUGACUACUCCCGCAGAACCCCAUGUGUACAAAUGAGUGGGCGCCAGCGGAGGCCUUCACCCACACCCAGUAAAGCCCAGCAGGUCAACACUCACCAACACAACCCAACUAUACACCCCGCGCCCUCCUGCCCCGCUGUCUUUAGUUCCACUUUAGAUGACUCUCUGGAGCCUCCCAGCAAAACAACAGCCCUGAUAAGUGACUAUGUUCAGGUGGCUGUGUCCUCAACAGAUUUCCAUUCGGAAGCCCCACAGGAAAAAUACUGUGAACCUAUGGAGUGCCAUCAAAAUGGAUUAAAUAACCACUACUCUCACAUGCCCAAGCAUUGCUCAAGCCCCAGUCGAAAGCAGACAGUCAAUGGUGUUAAUGUUAACUUGGAGUGUUUAUGGACUGAAGAGAGGGAGACUGAUGAUCUUGAGGCUUCAUCAGAUAUCACAAAAGCGUUUCUCAAAGGUGACGAGAUCUCAGCUGCUGCUGCUUCACCUGUCACCUGUUCCACACAAUCCGCCCUGGUAACUCCAACAACAAUCUCUCCACCCUUUGCCAGUGACUCUUCCUCUUCUGUGGUAGCCAGGAAAAGGGCCGGUCGCUCCAGACCCCGGCCAGUGUCUGACUAUGGCCAGCUGGCCAGCUCAAAGUACUGCAUCCCAGAGGAGGACAGGGAGUCCGAGAGUAUGGACUACACUUCCCAAAAGGACUACAAUAGCAAUGGCAGCUACACAGAGAGCAACAGACCAGAGAAUGGUCAUGUGUGCACUCAAACAGAGAGCAGAAAGAGACGUCCCAUCUCUGUUAUAGGAGGAAUGGAUCUGUAUUCAUCCCCAACUGCAGAGCAGAAGGAUGACACUGAAAGCUUGCCUUCUCCGGUAUCCCGUCCUCCAGUGCCCUCUCAUAGAGUGCCUCCAUACCGGGCCGUAUCUGCCCGUCUGAGACCUUGCGUCUUCUCCCAAAGCACACCUAUCGGACUGGAUAGGAUGGGGCGGCGCAGAGGACGCAGAGUGCUCAGCGAUGGCAGUUCUGAUCCAAUGGUUGUUGAUAGUGUGAGUGAAGAGGAUGGCAGCUUUGAAGAACUGACUGAAGGAACACCGUAUCUACAACCAGAAGUCGAUCUUUACACACUCAAUCAGUACAUACAGUUGGGACAUGCCGUGCAUGCAGAGGCUCUGUGGGACCAUGUCACAAUGGAAGAGCAGGAGCUGGCCUUCAAAGCCGGGGAUGUGAUCCGUGUUCUGGAUGUUCAGGAGCAGGACUGGUGGUGGGGUGCGGUGGGCGACCGCGAGGCCUGGUUUCCCUCCAGCUUUGUGCGAGUUCGGGUGAAUCAGGAGGAUUCAAGCAGUGAUAGUGUAGAAAUCCCACCGGAUGCAGAGGAAUCCGUCCCACCGGAUGCUCACAAACAAAACUCAGUGCACAGACAGCAGAUGAGAGCCAAUGUGGUCAAAGAAAUCAUGGACACAGAGCGUGUUUACAUCAAACAUCUCAAAGAUAUCUGUGAGGGAUAUAUCCGUCAGUGUAGGAAGCACCCUGGCAUGUUUACUGAUGCACAGCUAAAGACAAUCUUCAGCAACAUCGAGGACAUCUACAGGUUCCAGAGAAAGUUUCUGAAGGACCUAGAAAAGAAAUACAAUCCCCAGAACCCUCAUCUCAGUGAGAUUGGCUCCUGCUUCCUACAGCAGGAGGACGGUUUCUCCAUAUACUCUGAAUACUGUAACACACAUCCAGUGGCAUGUGCUGAAUUACAACGGUUGAUGAAACAAGGCAGAUAUAAACACUUCUUCGAAGCCUGCCGUCUCUUACAGCAGAUGAUCGACAUCUCCAUUGCUGGCUUUCUACUCACACCUGUACAGAAGAUUUGUAAAUACCCUCUUCAGCUGGGAGAGCUUUUGAAGUACACACCCAAAGACCACAGUGACCACGCAGGGGUGUGUGCCGCACAUCAAGCAAUGAAGAAUGUGGCAAGUCUGAUAAAUGAAAGGAAAAGACGACUUGAGAGCAUCGACACCAUCGCUCACUGGCAGGUGGCCAUCCUCCACUGGGCGGGUGAGGAUGUGUUAACACGAAGCUCCGAGCUCAUUCACUCCGGCGAGUUAACGCGGAUAGUGCGGCCCGGUAAGACGCAACAACGCAGCUACUUCCUGUUUGACCACCAGCUGGUGUUCUGUAAGAAAGACGUCCUGCGGAGAGACCUGCUACACUACCGUGGUCGCAUGGACACUGACCUACUUGAGCCAGUCGACCUGCCUGAUGGACGGCACGCUGAGCUGGGCGUCCUGAAGAACGCGUUUCUCCUGCGUCACGCAGAGAACCUGAAUGUGCUGUGUGUGCUGUGCUGCAGAAAGAGCCAGGACAAGCAGCGAUGGCUGCAAGCGUUUGCUCGAGAGCGCAGACGCGUACAGGAAGACCAAGAGAUGGGGAUGGAGAUUACCGAGGCCCAGAGAAAGCAAGCAGUUCACAACGCCAGGAAAACUAAACAAGGAAAUAUGAAGAAAAUGAAUUAUUCUGAUCAUCCUGUGCCUCCUCACCAUCAGCCGCUACAUCCUCUCCAUCAGCGGCAUGUGACUGUGCCAACCAGCAUCCCCCAGCAGCAAGUCUUCUCUUUAGCAGAGCCAAAGAAGAAGCCCUCUCACCUGUUGUACUCACUUGCACGCAGUGCCCUCUUCAGGAAAUGACAAAAAGAGACACCUUUAGACAACAUUUAGUGUUUUUACAUUAUGCUGAUGAGAUCCAUAAAUGAUGAAAUAUAACAGGACUACACCUAUGUUUUUGUCAUAUUCAAAUGCACACACAUGGAAUUGUAUAUUUAUAUUCAUAUGUGUGUAAAAUGACGUGUGCCUCAUUAUUUAGCCUUAAGUCAGUGUGUUAGUUUGGAAAGUGUUCUUUUUUUUUUUUCUUCUUCAUGUCAUUUUACUGAUAUGGUCAAAAACGCUGCUUCCCAUUGGGUUUCUCCCAUCUCUCACUUCACCUAAAUGUGUGUCUUUUAUGACAAAGAGUUGUAUUCUGCGUUUUAGCUACAUGUCUAUAUAAUUUUAUUGCUUUACCCGAGGCUGGAGCCUUCUGAAAUGUAAAGACAGCAAACACUAACACCUUUCAUUCUGUAAAUAAACUUGAACCAAAUGUA